ACAAGUAAUUAUCCUAUUUUGGAAAAUGAUGGGUAGUCAUGACGUCUGCAUUUGAGGGGGGGAGGGGGUGCGAUAGUAGUAUAUAAAUCGAACGGAAACAUGCGAAGGCUUCUCAACACACAACAACUCCACUCAUCUUCUUUCUACCUUAGAGAAUCACUCGGACGUCUCUCUCUCUCUCUCUUUCCGACCUUCUAGGAUUUCGUCUUGAACAUUCUCCUCGCCGGAGAACGAAAGAAACACCGGCGUCCGGUGAUUGAAGGUUUACUUUUUUUAUCUUGUUAAUUUCUGUGCUCAAAGUUUACAGUUGAAACAAUCGGAAAUGGCUUCUCAACCGAAGAAUGUCGGAAUUCUCGCCAUGGAGAUUUACUUUCCUCCUACUUGCCUUCAGCAGGAAGUAUUGGAGGCUCAUGAUGGAGCAAGCAAAGGCAAGUAUACAAUUGGUCUUGGACAAGAUUGCAUGGGCUUUUGCACUGAGGUUGAAGAUGUUAUAUCGAUGAGCUUGACAGCUGUUACUUCCCUUCUGGAGAAGUAUGCUAUUGAUCCAAAGCAAAUUGGUCGGCUAGAGGUUGGAAGUGAAACUGUUAUUGACAAGAGCAAAUCCAUCAAGACAUUUUUAAUGCAAAUAUUUGAGAAACAUGGGAAUACUGACAUUGAAGGAGUUGACUCAACUAAUGCCUGCUAUGGGGGAACUGCUGCAUUGUUCAACUGCGUAAAUUGGGUGGAAAGCUCAUCAUGGGAUGGACGCUAUGGACUUGUAGUAUGCACAGACAGUGCGGUCUAUGCAGAGGGACCUGCUCGGCCCACUGGAGGAGCUGCAGCCAUUGCUAUGCUUGUGGGGCCUGAUGCUCCUAUAGUGUUUGAAAGCAAGAUCAGGGCUAGCCAUAUGUCCCAUGCCUAUGAUUUUUACAAGCCCAUCCUUGACAGUGAAUAUCCAGUGGUUGAUGGUAAACUUUCACAAACCUGUUAUCUCAUGGCACUUGAUUCUUGCUACAAGAGUUUAUGCAACAAAUAUGAGAAAUUGGAAGGCAAGCAAUUCUCAAUGACUGAUGCAGCCUACUUUGUUUUCCAUUCACCAUACAACAAGCUCGUGCAGAAGAGCUUUGGUCGAUUGCUGUUCAACGACUUUCUAAGGAAUGCUAGCUCUGUUGAUGAGUCUGCCAAACAAAUUCUAGCUCCGUUUGAAUCCUUAACCGGUGAUGAAAGCUACCAAAGCCGUGAUCUUGAGAAGGCAUCCCAGCAAGUUGCUAAACCGUUUUAUGACCAGAAGGUGCAACCUAUCACAUUGAUACCAAAACAAGUUGGCAACAUGUACACCGCGUCUCUCUAUGCUGCUUUUGCAUCCCUCAUUCACAAUAAGCACAACACAUUGGCUGGUCAGAGGGCAAUCAUGUUCUCCUAUGGGAGUGGUUUGACUGCAACAAUGUUUUCACUAAAGUUUAACGAAGGUCAACAUCCUUUUAGUUUGUCAAACAUCGCAAGUGUGAUGAAUGUUGCGGAGAAGUUGGAAUCGAGACAUGAGUUCACUCCUGAAAAAUUCGUCGAAAUAAUGAAACUAAUGGAGCACAGAUAUGGUGCCAAGAACUUUGUGACCAGCAAGGAUUGCAGCCUUCUCGCCCCAGGAACCUACUACCUAACAGAGGUUGAUUCCAAGUACAGAAGAUUUUAUGCACAGAAGGCUCCCGAACAUGGACUGAUCAACAGACACUAGGAGACUGAACAAGGUCCUUGCACGGUGUAAGGACAUGUAGUUGGUUCGUGCUCUUUUAGUUCUUGUCAGCGCAUAGAAGAAUAACUAGUGCAUCCGCAGAUUUGAUUGUUAUUACAUAUUGUUUCUUUUCCAGAAUAGAUCCUAUGCCUUUGUUUCUUUCCCCAACAAAUUCUAAUGUUCAGUGUAAUCUGUCUCCACCUGUUUGUGAAAUUAUUGUAGAUGAUUGUAGAAGUCAUCAAACCUAGUCUUGAUUGAAAUUCAUUAAUUUUCUCA